AUGAAAGAGACAGUCGGUUCACGGAGAAAAUUAUGUGUUAUCAACAAACGAUUGGAUGGGAAAAUAGCAAUUGUGACAGGAUGUAACACUGGAAUCGGUCUUUAUACAGCCAGUGAAUUAGCUCAUCGUGGUGCGACAGUCAUUAUGGCAUGUAGAAAUACUGAACGAGCCAACAAAGCUAAAACACGUCUAUUGGAAAUGUAUGGUAAGAAUAAUGAGAAAAGUGGCGAAACAGAUAUUGCAUGUAGUCAAAUGAAGCCAUAUUUAAAGCCCAUCGAGUCGGAUCAGUUGAUCAUUGAACAACUUGAUCUAGCUUCGUUAACAUCAAUCAGAGAAUUUGUUGAUAGAAUCAAAAGUAAAUACAAUAAAAUAGAUUUUCUCAUCAAUAAUGCUGGACUCAUACUACAGAACUAUACAACAACUGAAGAUGGUUUUGAAAUGACAAUGGGAGUGAAUUAUUUUGGACCAUUUCUGCUGACAGAAUUGUUGUUACCAUUGUUAAAGAAUGCUGCACCAUCACGAAUAAUAAAUGUGUCAUCUGCACUGCAUAAAGAUGGACGCAUUCUAAAACCUGAUUUGCAGUACAGUAAGGAAAAUUAUAAUGCAAUGAAGGCAUAUAGUGUAUCGAAAUUGGCAAAUGUGAUACAUACUAUUGAAUUGAAUGAACGUUUGAAAGAUAGUGGUUUGGUGGCUGUCUGUUUACAUCCCGGAGCUGUCAAAACUGAAUUGAUGAGAGAUCUGACAAAUUUUCCUAUGAAUAUUAUACUGCCAUUCGUCCGCAAAUUACUUAAUACACCAAGGGAUGGCGCACAAACCACUCUAUAUACUGUACUAACAGAUAACUUGGCUCCUGGAGGUUAUUAUUCAAAUUGCACAUUGAAAAAACCUUCAAAAUCUGUUCAAAAUGCGGAAGACAGAAAAUGGUUUUGGAAUAAAACAUGUGAACUAUUGAACAUACAAUGUGAUAACUAGGUGUGAAUGACUACUCAAGUGAACUGUGUAGACAGAAUUCGGUGUUCAUUUUGAUGAUCGUAUUGAGACAAAUUCACCAAUAAAUCAGUUAAUAGAAUGUGGUGAUUUUCAAUUUGGUGUUAUUUACAAUAUGAUUUCAC